AUGAGAGUCGCUCUUCGCGCGCCGACCCGAGCGGACGUGUCUAUGCCCGCUGCCAGGACGCUGCAACGUAGUACGACUUUUGCUGCCCGCUGCCGUUACCGGCGGCUGAUAUUUCCGAAAAAGGAUCAGGGUAACACCUGGGAGGUAAGUGGAGUGCAGAUUAUACUCAACCUACGCUUCUCACCAGAGGCGAGGACU